AUGAGCUUUCCGCAACAUAUUCCAAGCACAUCACUUAGUUUCAUAGAUCCGAGUUUAUUGAUUGGGAAUUUGGAUUGGCUGUAUUUGUUGUCGAUGAAGGAGACAGAUGGAUUAUCUGAGAAGUCUUUAACUAAGGGUGAGGAUGUUUCAGGGUUUGAUGCCUUUCUGGAGCAAGUAGACUUUACGAGAUCAGCGUAUAUUAAAUUGAGGUAGUGAAGUGUUGUAAUAGGAGUAGAUAGGAUUAUUUCAAUUUGAUACAGCAUUCAUCUCGGCAUUUGACGGAGAGUCUAUUGAACUCUAAGAAUGAAUACUUUAGCAGAGCCAGCAUGAUGUUGAAUAGGAUCAAUAAGAGCAAAAUAGAGAAACCCAUUGUGAUGGCGACAUGUAAGACAUGGAAUGUGUAAUUUUAGAUCACGAGUGUUCGUAUGAGGUGUUCAGAUAAUGUCAGGGAGUGACAAGUUGUUCAGCAUUGCAAUCGAAUCCAACGAGAUGGCCUUGGGGAUUGGAGGACUUCCACAAGUCAUUAUGCAAACAAGAGCUCUUGUCUCUUUUCUACGAACCAGAUUACUCUAGACAGAGCAUCGAUAAGAAUUUACAAAGAUUAUUAAAGGAGAUUGAUCACAAAUAAUUGUCAAAGAUAUUGAUAGAUUAUGCAUUGAGAGUAGGAACGUUUAAGUAGAUUUUGAGUCUUUGUGAUUUAAAUAUAAGAGAAAUUAUAAAAUUACCAAGAUUGCAAUAAAAGAGUCGCCAUCUACAUUAUAUGAGAUCAUUGUGCGAUUAAGGAGGAUUCACUAUUACAUAAUUACAGCAAUUCACUAAACUAAAUUACCAUCAAAUGACAAUGACAUCCUCUUAAUGUUACUUGUACAUCUUGGUGAGUUCCCCAGUAGGUGGAAUGUACAAGGUGGGCACAGGAGAGGGUGGAACCAUAGCUGGUAAGAUAUAUCUUCAUCAACCCCUAAAAAAGCAAGACGAUGUCUAAUGGGUAUUCCUGCAGAAUAAAUUAUAUCUGAAACAGUAGAAUGGAACUUUGGAUAUCAUUUGUCCUGACACAUUUCAGACCUUGAGUCAAAUGACUCUCCAUUGUCCAGAACUAUUUUAACAUCCUCAAAUGUAGGCAAUAAACAAGAAUUAUCCAUUGAUUACAGAUGGAGAGAAGCUAUUUAUUAUUGGAAGAAAACUAAAUAUUACUAAAGUGGAAGGAGCACCAGCCAAAGUGAUUAAAGAACCAGCAGCUUCCACUUCUAGAGCAUAAAAGAAGAAAGAAGCUGAACAGCAACCAGCUGAUAACACAAUCAAGAUUAUGGAUUUCAUUCUUUUUGAAUUCGAUUUGAAUAAACCAACAGGAAAUGUAUAAAAUGAAGAAGAAUCUGACAAGAAACUAUUGGCUGAAUUGUAUGAGUCAUUCCAAGGAUAUUUCAGUAAAGCAGAGAUUAGCAAAGCAUUGAAUCUGAAUAAAAAUGAUAUGUAAAAUGCUGCUCAAUGGUUGGUUGAAGAAGGGGAAAAGGAAAGAAAUAAAACAACCGUUUCUGUUUCAAAAUAGACCUUACUGUGCUAGGCUGAGAUCACUACUGACAUCUCAGCAAAAUAGGUCAAGAGCAGUGCUGAUAUCGGCUGUAAGGAGGGAUCCAUCUUAUAACCAUAAAUAAUCAGUAAUAUCAUCUGGACUAUGGACAAAAAGUAUUUGACAGCUUAUUUUGAAUUUGGAGUAAAGAUAUUUUCCAAAGAUCCAACAGAUGAAAAGGAACUUGAUCACACUAAAGAUGAAUUCAAUCUAAGGGAUCAUUUUUACACCAAAAAACCUUCUACUUCCACUCUACCUCUAAAAGGCACUUAUAUCACAACAGUUAAUAAAUACCUUAAUGAAUUCUACUAGAAUCCCAAUUAUAUUGUGUCUUAUGAACAUAAUACUAAGAGAUUCUAUGUUAUGCAUAUCCAAUGGAAUUCCACUGAUCUUUAAUUCCCUGCCUUGGUUACAAUCGGAUCUGAUUUUGUUCAUCGACCACUAAAUCUCAAUUUGACUCCGGCUACGACUUUCGACGAAGAAGUUGUUAACUUCCUACUUUAACAACAAGAAUAACGCUUUGAUUAGGAAUGGAGAUUGAAUGAUUGGUAUGUGGCAUACUAAAUAAUGCUCAAGAACCUAAGAGGCAUCUCCGAACAUUUCUCAGAAGAGGAAGUUAAGAAAAUACAAAGCGAAAAAUCCAAAUAUAUACAUCGAUUGAAUAAAUCCAUUUAAUCCAUUAACAAUCAAAGAACUGAAGUCGAACUUAAAAGGGUUUAUGCUUUUUGUGUAGAAGGUACUUGGGAGGAGUUGAAACAAAUCUGGUCCCUGUUCAAGAAGUAUCACAAGAUCCAAUAUCUUCAACUCUUAUAAUAUUGGGUUUAAUACAGUGAGAGUUCUAUCUUGCUGAAUGCUGGAGUGCAUGAUUUACUAAAAGAGAUAGGAGAAUAUCUGAUCUAAAAUUGGUAAAGUGAUUUGCACAGAAAUAUCUUUAUUAAAGGUUGGACACUCUUUUUGUGUUCAAAUUCCCUUUAAUUAUAGUAUUUAAGAUUGGGAGAUAAUCAAUUAUUACAGAAUAUCAUUUAGACAUAUUCAAGCAUAUAACCUGAAACUGAAUCUGCCAUACUUAAAUUAAAAUCUAAGAAUAUUAACUUGGAUGGAGAUUUCAAGUCAUUCAUCCACAAAAAAGGAGCACAGCAUUAUUUGAUUGAGCCAUUACCAAGAUUGUUGGUUGAAGUAGUUUAGAGUGUGAAACUAUUCUAAAAGGUGUAUCCAAAGGGCUAUUUUGUGGAUUGUGACAUCACAUAGAUAAAUCAGCAAUUUUGGACAUUAGCAAAGGAGUGGGCAACACAAUGUGAUCUAACUAAAUGGUAAUUCUUAACCAUGCUAUUUAAUAUGGCAUUCAAUGAGAAUAACGAGUGGGAAGUACAACAUAAAUUAGCAUUCAAUAUAUUGUAAGUGUUUGAAUUGGGAAUAGCCAAUAAAGAAGUCAAAGAAUUGAUUAUCAAACACAAUUUUCUAACUCAUUUCCUGCUCUAAUUAUUUUUAUCCCCCGUCCUUUAAUGUCCCAUCGAUUGUAGUAUCCUGUCCAUUUUGAUGUAGAUUAAUCAAAAUAUUGAAUUGCCUACAACUCCCUCAAGAAGCCAAGGCAUAGAUCCUAUAGGAUUCAAAGUGUUUGAAACGAGUCACCCUUACGAAAGAUAGAAGGUCUAAACUUUUGAGGAUACCUACUUCCCAGGUGCUUUGGCUUUGGCGGUAGAGUUUGAUCCGAGAUGCUCAAGUGACUAAGCCCAUGAUUUCUUAACUAUUAACUCCUGGUAUUCUCCUCAAACUGGACCUUUUGGAUUGCAAACUAAAUUGAAAGAUCCUAUGGGGGUUUCAUAUAGAAUCUCAGGUAAAUUGAGUACCAAAAGACCUAUUCUGAUGCUUGGCAAUGUGAUUCAGGCUGAUUUCAGUCCAAGUGGAUAAGUUAGAAACGAACAUUCUCUAAAUCGAUGGGGAUUCAAAAUUACAAUUCGCCCAGUGUAUGGAGACACCUAUCAUGUGAGCAAUGUGUUACACAUGGUAAUUUUGGAGAACAUUUAAUCCUUAUUGGGAUUCAACGAAAGUAGAACAGCCUAUGAAGAAACUAAUUAGCAUCUCUUGAAAUGGAAUAUUUUGAAGAAUGGAAGAGCUGGAUUUCAAUAUGAUAAACAUCUCAUUAAAGUAUUGGGGUAGUUGUCUAUCGCUAAUAUGUCUUAUGAUGAUGCCACACUAUUACAUGAGAAUGCAGGAGCCAAUUCCUAGAUUAAGAAUAAGUAUCAACAAUUAAAGAGAGAUCUCAUAAAAGUCAAUUACAAAAGCAGAGAAUUGCAGAAGACUAAUAUUGAUCUUCUUCAAUUGGCUCAAUAGUAAAAUAAAUACAUUUCUCAAAUUUUGGAGAAAAAAGGAGAAUUUUAUAAAGUGAUUUCGGAAAUUGUUAGUCAAUUCACUGAUUCAAUUCAAUAUAGAACUGCAAAGCAAAAGUCAGCUAUGAAGGCACACAUUGAAGAAUUCAAAUAAAUUGAGAUGCUUGUGAUUUUGGUCACCUUGUAUCAUAGUGGGUUAUUGGAUGAAAUCAACCUGUUGAAUUUGGAACAUCACAUCGACAUGCUAUAGGAAGCUAGAAAUGAUGUCAUUAAUUACAUGCUCAAAGAAGUGGAGACUAUGAUUGAGUACCAAUAGAAUUACGAAGGAAUGUCAUUGCAAGCAACGGAAAUGAUGGAAUAAUAGAAAUUGAAAUAAAUAAAUGAGAAAAUCGAAAACACUCUUUGGGAUAUGCUCCAAAAGAGAUUAGAAGGCAAUAGUGAGAUGAUUUAUAAAAUAUGCACUCAAUAAAAUUUGGCUAUCAUUGAAAACAAUCCCAACUUAUCUCUAAGAUAGAUCUACAAUAACAUUUUAGCAAAAAUCAGGGAAUCAAAACUAGUACUAGUAAAUCCGUAUCAACAUAUAGUUUAAGUGAUCAAAAAGAGAAUUCUCAUCCUAUUCAAUAUUAGUAAUGUUUAAUUGGUGGGUUAAUAACAGAUGAUUUAAAUUAAAUCCUAGUAAUCGAUCGACUCUGGAAGCAUCAAAUAAUUAAAGCCUCCUGGUAUCGAAAGAUCAAUCUCUCAUUAGAUAGAUGAUAAGAAUAUCGACAGUUAGAAAUUGUUAAAGUUUAGACAAUGGCUAGAUAGUUAUCAAAAAUGGAAAGUGCUUCACAAUGUAAAUUUAAAUCAGAUUUCUGCUGAAUCUCUAGAUAUUCCUCCUGUUAAGUCUGUCAUACUAUUUCUCUAAUAGAAUGUGGAUGAAUCUUUGAUUUAGGUUAUGGACUUACACAAUCGCAGAUGCAUAAGAAGAAUUGCCUCACUUAAAUUCCUAAAUGAAUUCUAAGGUUAGAGUGGAGGUAUUUUAUGUUAGGAUGUUAUUAAUUGUAAAAUUGAAUUUGCCAGCUCCAACAUCAAAGAAAUACUUCUCCAAGAAGUUGUAAAAAGAUUGAAUUAUCUCAUGUAAUCAAUAAAGAAUGAUUAUGCUACCUAUUUGAAUCAAGCAAUCACAUAAUAAAUUGAUGGAACUUUGCUGGAAUAAUUGAAGGUUUUAUGCAUGACUCUAUGCGAAAUUAAUCAGCUAUUUUAAGUAGACAAUAACAUUUUAUGGAAAAGUAGAGAGCAUGAUUAUAAUCCUCACUUCAAUCCUAUAUUCAAAUAAUUCUUAAGCAACAUCAUCAUAACUGGAUUAUUAAGUUUGGCCUUUGUAAAUUUGGAUCAACAGUAUUAAUCCGUUGCUAUUUUGAGUUAAAAUAUUUUAAAUAAUGUUAAAGAGACUUUGUAUAUAAUAACAGAUAAUUUGAUGACUGAUGACAUUCUUUAAUAAUUGAUAUAAAUUUUAUCAUAGGAAUUAGGAAUAUCACUUUAGGGAGAUGAAAUCAAUUGCAGAUUACUAACCAAAUUAUAUGAUUUAAUCGGAGUAAAGAGAGUGAAUUUCUUGCUUACAAAUAUUUUAGAUUGCUUGAUAAUUCAUUAAAAUUAGGAUGUUCCAUCAUCCUUAGUGAAAUUGAUAUUCUUUAUACUGCAUCAUACCAACACUCCAUCUACAAUGAGAUUGGCAAUCAGGAUUUCUAAGUAUUUUAGCAAUAUCAAUCUCAACAAGAUCAAAUAUACUCCAAAAUAUUUAUGGAUUUAUUAUGAGAAUUGCAAUUUGUAAUAAGUUAAAGUCUUAUAAGAAAACAAGGAGUUAUAUUUUAGUGAGGCAUUGAUUGAGCGAGUUGGACAUUUAGUAGGUCAAUAGGAAGAUACUAGUAAUCAAAAUAUUAAUACAAUGUUACAGACUGAAUUAGUGAAUGUGUAAAAAAAGAUAGUUACAUCAAACACUAAUGCCGAUCAGAAUAAUAAUCAAUAGUAUAGAGUGAUAUUGCAUUUGUGCUAGGAGGAAGAGAUAUCUAUUCUAUUGAAGAUUCUAUAUUGGUGGGAAGAGUUCUAUCCAAGUGCUAAAUUGAAGUUACCUCAAACAUAUUAGGAGUAUUUGGAAAUGAAGGAGAAGGAGAAAAAAAGAGAGGAGUAGAAGACUCAAUAAUAGGAGGUGAUUGCAUAACAAACGGAGUUCCAAUCAUAGAGACAACAAUAGCAAUAGUAAUAUAAAUUAUUGGAGAGAGUCUUAAUGACUUAGCCAGAAAUCUAAUAAAAGGAUUAUCUAUUGGGAUGGGGAUUCAAUUAUAGCAAUUUAUAUAGUGAUAUGAAGAGUGGACCGUCGGAUAAUAAGAAACAUUCAUCUGGGAGAGUAAAGAAACAAAUAAAGAAGUAUUGGAGACCUUUGAAUUUCCAAGAAUUGGAACGAUUGUAUGAAGAAUUAUACAAAUAAAAUGAAGACAUCAAGUAGUUUCCAGAUGAGUAAGCAUUCUUGAAACAAAGAAACUUCAUAACUAGAAUACAUUCAUACAUAAAGGAAGUUAAAAAUUAUGGUAGUUUACUCACAGUUUAUGGUUGCAUUGCAUUUAGUGAAAUAUUUACUCUUCAAAAGGCUUAGGUUUUAAUAGAGCUUAUUUAAUUAGCAUUGAAUGGGAUAUUACCUAACAUACCAAUGACUGAACUAUCAGAAGAAUUCAGAAAUAAAGCUGAUCCAAACAAAUAUAUUUUAAUGGGAGCCAUCAAAGAGAUUGCACCUCCAAAGAGUAAAUCACAGCCAUAAAAAGCACCCACUCAAAUUCCACCGCAACCAACAAGUGGUAAAUCGCAGAUGACUAUGAGCAUUUGUGAUGUCUACACCUUCUAGACAUUUGAGUUUAGAAUGGAUUAUAUUACUUUGUUGCCAUAUGGAAAUACAAGUGUCAAUUUUUACAAUGAAAUCAACCGAAGUUCAUCCUUCACACAGCAAUAAGUUAAUGGGCAAAUAGUUGGCCAAUUGAUUUACGAACUUAGUCAAUUAUUGUCUCAUUAAUAGAUAGAUAUUAAUAAGGAAAGCAAGUAUUACAAACUCGGAUACACUACUAUCCUAUCUUAAUAAUUGAUAUAGGUAGCCCCAGGAGUCCCAGUUUAAAUUAAGAAGCACAAGUCAUAUGAUAAAUAAUACGUUGUAUCUGGAGGAGACUAUAGUGGCUAGAAGGAAUUGAAGAUACUUUCAAAUAAUGAUGACAAACUUAAUUUAUAGGUUGUAAAAUUAGAUGAAAUCGAACUAAUACAAUAGGACAUCCCUUAAUUGAUAUCUCAAGAAUAGAUGUUAGAAUUGAUUGAAAAAGAGAGUGAUAAAUUCAUCUUGAGGAAUCUCUUCAUUAUUGCAAGUAAAUUGGAAUGGAAGGGAUACAAUGUAGAGAGAAUUGCUGAGAAAAUAUUAAAUUUGGCUAAUCUUUAUUAAGGAGAUAACAAGUUCAUUCAAGCAUGGGAACGAUUAAUAGAUAGCAGACUGACACCGAAUUACUUCUUCCCUAUAGAGAUCCCUAAGACUAUUAAAUUCCCCCAAUAACCCUAAUAAGGUGAGUAAGAAGAUCAUAAGAUUGACCCUUUUGUGGAAAGUGUUGACAAUACAAUUAUUGUUGGUAGCACAUAUAUGUAAUCAUUGCCCGAAGCUUGCAUAGUCUCUAAUGAAUUGAAAUUAGUUCAAUAUUGGGAGAAGAACAUCCUGCCCAAAAUAUACGAUUAUGUCAAGGGCUCAUUGAGACCCUAUGAGAUUGACGACUUCUUUGAAUAAAUUAGAUAGCAAUUGAGAAAAGGAGAACAAAACAAAGCUUUGGAAAUAGCCUACAUUGUAUGCGAUCAGAGAAUGCCAAAUGGUGUUAUUAUUCCAGAGUCGAAUCACGAUUGGAGUACAUUAACAAUAGAAGAAGUCUAGGCUGGACAAUACGUUCUCUGUAGACUCAUUGAUAAAACAUCAGAAUAGUUGUACUCAAAAGAAUACUUAAAUUACAAGAAGCAAGGUCAGACAUUUAUUUGUGGACAAAUCAUUGGUGUUGAUUAAAGAUCAUCCUCCAUCUUGAUUACACAUAUGGACAUCAACAAUUCUCAACUCUAUGCCACUUGGUUCCCGGUCAGUGCACUUAAGUAGGUGUAAUUGUAUAUUCCCCCAAAUGCUAAUGCUUAUCAAUAGGAGACAAUCUUAAAAGAAUACAACAGAGAAUUAGACUUAGAACUCAGCAAAUAAGCCAGAUAAUUGUACAUUUUGCAGAGUCAAACUAUUAACGUUGAUCCAAUCACAUAUUUGUAAUUAGCUAUGCAAUUCGAGGGAUCAUGUAUCAAUGGUUGGUUAACUGAGUAGUUAAUCGAUGGCAAUACUAAAACUAAUCAGAAAUUAAAUCAAUUUUUGGAGAAACCUGAGUUAAUCUUCAGCUGGUUGUCUAAGUCCUUUGAUUAAAUUCAUUAAUCUGUCAAUAACAACAAACUAAUAUUGGAUUUAGUCAAAUCUCAUAAGAAACCAUUAGAACUCAAUUCUGACUUAGAUAUAGCUGGUUUGGCAAUAGUAUUUAAGAAUGAUGCAACUCUCUGCACUUGUUCUGGCAUCAAUUUCUAUAAGGAUAAAUUGGGUAUCAAUGACUUUUACACAAUAAGCAGCGGCAAAGAGACCAGAGGUAGAUUAUCUCCUAUUGUGCUCAAUCAAAAGAGUGUUUAUUGUGAGUAUUAUUUCAAUGGUGAAGCCUUGCCAAUCUAUCAAUAAAAGUUAUGUGUUUCUCGUUUGCCUUGUGUUGUCUAUAAAAUUCCAACCUUGUGGAAUACUGUUUGUUAUGUGAUUGAUUAAAUGAGCACAAUUUUCAUCAAAAACAAAGACAUUCCAAAUUUGAAGAACAUCAAUCAUCUAUUGGAUAAAGCAUAUCAAUCUCAACCUCAUAUCUUAAAUCAAUCCAUCAUCAAAUUAUUAAUUAGAAAUGUUCGUAAAUUACAAACUAUCUCAGACGAAACUCUAAAGGAUGAAUUGCUUAUUUAAUUAAUAAAUGAUGCCGUCAAAAUAUAUAAUAUUCAGAAGGUAGAACCCAAUGUUUUGUAUUCAUCCUAUCUCUAAGACAUCAGUGAAUUGUUGGCUGUGGCCAUUCCCAACAAGACAAAAAUCUAGAUUCCAGACUGGAUAAAUGCCUAUCGAUAAUUAAUUUAGAUUGCAGAAUUCAUUAAAUGUGGUAAGACUUUGUACAAUGAAUAAAUUGAACAGAUCAAUGGAAUGUUAUAGUCUAAUCAAUGGGAUCAAUUGAUUUACAUGAAUCAAUUACCUUGUGAUAUUCAAGACGUAUUACAAGAACAAUUAGUCAGAAUCUUAAAUCCAACAAUCGAUAUAUUUAGAAGAUAAAAUUAAGCAAUUGUUCUAAUUGAUGGAUUUCAAUAAUUAAAUUUAGAAAAUGUUGAAAUACAGUUGCCACCCGAACCAGUCUAAGAUGCUGUGAAACUCUGGUAAUGUGAAAUAUGUACUUAUGCUGAAAAUGUCUGGGAUUCCUCGCAUUGUUCAAUCUGCGAAAAUCCAGCACCUGCCAACAAAAUUCCUUAUAAAGGAUCUGAAGAUUAAUCCUCAUAAUAGGAGUAGCAGUAGAUUUAAAUCAAUGUUGAUGAGGAGGAUGAAAAGGCCGACAGAAGAGAGAAGUAGUUUUUCGAAGAUUUAAUUGAAAGGAUCAAGGAGAAAGUUAAAAAGCAUUAUGCUGAUUAACAGAGGGAGAAAGAAUAAAAAAUAAAUCAAAUUAAUCAAGCAAUUGAAGCCCAAUAGAAUCAAUUAAAGUAACUUAAUAAAUAUUAAGAAAAAAAGCAGAAGUAGUUAACUUAUAAAUCGAAGCUCCAACAAACCAAACAACCAUAAUAGCAAUAACAAUAACAAAAAAUAUAGGAUUGCAAAUUAAAAUUAUAAUAACUCACAUCUGAAUUAUAAUAAAUACAAGAAAUCAAACUUGAAAAUAAUUUCCAAAUCUAUUCUGGCAAAUACAUCCUUGAAAAAGCCAAAGCCUUCUUAAAAGAGUUCUUAACUAAUAGAUUAGAAUAUUUCAGAAAACAAAUCAAUCCAAAAUAAUUGGAAGAAAUGAGCAGUAUGGAUGCAAUAGAAUGUUGGAAAUAUUUAGAAUCAUAAGGUUACGAUUUCCAUUAUCAACUAAUCAAUAAUCCAAAGACCAUCUAAAUUCUACCCAUUUAAUAAAUGAAGCACCUUCUUAAAUUAAUUGAAUUCGAUAUUUGCAAAGAAACCAAAGCUGUAAGAACUUACAACCCAAGAAAUAUCAGGAAUUAAAUAGACGAAUAGGCUGUUAAUUAUUCAGAUUAUAUUAAUUGUUUGACCAAAUAUUAGGAUCUAGUGAAUUCUCCACUAUUAGUAAUUAGACAAUCUUGGGCAAUCAUUAAAUUAUUCAACCGAUACUUAGAGACUUGUGGACAAUUUAUCAAUAUGGAUGUUCCUAUUGGUACUUCAUAGCAAUUCCAAUAAAAUACCAUCCUUUUGUCUAUGGGCAAUUACAUGCAAGUAUUACGAUAGUUGUGUAUGACUCCUACAAAAGUAGACAUAGUUUAGAGAGUUCUAAACAAAACAAGUAUCAGUAGAGACUCACCACCGAAGAUCAAUGUAGAACGUAUUCGUUUGGCCAAUCGUAAUGGAAAAGCGAAUCAAUAAGAUUUCUUAUUUACUAUGGCCUAUGAACAAAUGAAAAACAUACCACCCACUCUCUUAAGACCAAUAAAACCUCAAGGAACUGAUCCAUUCUUGGCAUUCGAAGUCAAUUUCAAGGGUGAGGACGUCUAAGGAGAAAGUGGUCCAUAUAGAUAAUUCUUUGCCGAUAUCAGUAAAGAAUUGCAAUCAUCUUAAUUGUUAUUAUAUCCUUCAACCAACAAUCAGGCAAAAUUGGGAAAUCACAAAGAUAAAUUUGUUCUGAAUCCUAGUGCAAGAUCUAAUUACUAUUUACACCUGUACGAAUACUUAGGAGUUUUGAUGGCCAUAGCAAUCAGAACAGCCACUCAUUUCUCUUUAGAUUUGCCAUCGAUAUUUUGGAAACAAAUUGUGGGCGAGAAAAUCACAUUUGAAGACAUUGAGCAAAUAGAUGCAACAAUGUGCAAUUUAAUUAAUUUUAUGUAAGAGUGUCCAGAGUCAACAUUUGAAGAGAAUAUUUUUGAAAACUGGGUCACUCUGAGAACAGAUAAGAGUGUACAGGAAUUAAAAGAGGUAAUUUAUAAAUCUUAUGCUUUAGAAUGGCAGCAAAAUACCAGUCAAAUAUGAAGAAAGACUCGAGUACAUUAAUAAAUUGAUAGAAGUCAAAUGUACUGAAAGCGAGUUAUAAUGUGAAAGUCUUAUUAAAGGAUUAGUCAAAAUUAUACCUUCACCUUUGCUAAAUUGUAUAUAUCUUUUAAUAUCACAUUCUAGGGGUGUCAGCUGAAGACUUAGAAUUAUCGGUUUGUGGAAGACCUAUUGUAGAUGUGGAUCUCUUAAAGAGACAUACUAGAUAUUCUGGAGACCUAAAUGAAAACAGUGAAAGAAUCAAAUUCUUUUGGGAGGCUCUCUAUGAACUGUCAGAAUAAGAGAAAUUGCGAUUCAUUAAAUUUUGUUGGGGCUAAGAGAGAUUACCUGCCAAUGAUGAAGAAUUCGAUAGAAAUUAAAUUAGAUUCAUGAUUAAACCUUCUACUGUUAAUACUAAACAACCAAACAAAGCUCUGCCAAAAGCAGAUACUUGUUUCUUUAAUUUAGAAUUGCCUAAUUAUUCUAGCAAAGAUGUAUUUAAUUAUAUUUAAUCAUUAGAUUUUGAAGAAACAAUUACUAACAGCAAUAAAUUUUGAUUGUGAUAGUAUGAAUGCUGAUCCUCGUGUAAAUUUAGAUCCAAAUGCUCGACACAGACGUAAUAGAGAUGAAGAUGAAGAUGAUAGUUUGUUUGAGGAAGGUGAAUGGUGA